AUACAAGUAUCUGGCGUGUACCAGAAACAGUCAUGGCGCAAUACAAGUUUGAAGGAGAUUUUGCAAGUUUCACUGAUCAUCAGCUAGAGUUCAUCAGUAAAGUGAUAUUAGAACAAGACAUUAAAGUUAAAAAAGCAGUUUUUACAGUAGUUGGACAACCUGGUGAUAAUUUUGUGGGACAUGUGAAAAGACUGAACAUAGAAGGAGAAAAUGGUAACCUGAAUAUGUUUAUCAAAGUCGCUGCUUCGUCUGAAUUGGCUCGAGCAGCUACAAAUGCUGAUAUUACCUUCCGUAAUGAGCAUAUCAUGUAUACAGAGAUUUUGCCUAAACUAGUGCAGCUGCAGAAAGCAGCCGGGGUCCCAGAAGAGGACUUAUUAAAACAUGCAAAGUGCUACGGGUCUCUCUACGAACCCCCAAACGAAACUUUAAUCUUAGAGGACUUGAAUGAUUCAGGUUACAAAAUGUUAAACAAGCAUGAGACCUUAUCCAAUAAAUGUGUUAGGGGCAUUAUAAAAAACUUUGCACUAUUACAUUCUCUUUCACAUGUGUUCAAAAAUAAAUACCCUGAAAAGUAUGUGCAAAUCACAGACCAAAUGUCUGAAGUAUGGACUACAAUUUUCAACGAAGAAAGAUUUGGAGGUCAAGCAAAAUUCGCGGAAGCUGAAAUACUGUCAAUUCUUGAUGAUGAUACUUAUAAAGAUUUAAUUGAAAACAAAUUGAGCGAUUUCAUGUAUUUGCUGCCCAAGAUAAUAAAACAAGAGGGUAAGAAACAUUUAGUGAUUCAGCAAGGCGACGCGUGGACCAACAAUUUUAUGUUCAAAAUUGGAGAUGACUCAAUCGAAACCUUAAUGAUUGACUACCAAGCAUCAAAUAACGGUAGCCCAGUCGUUGAUCUUCUCUUUAUGAUGCUAAAUUGCACCGAUCAUGCAACCAGGUCGAAGUACUACCCCGAAUGGAUGGACUAUUACCACUCCGAGUUUGACAGGUCACUAUCCAAUUUUGGACUUAAAGCUAGCUUCAUCUACCCAAGAGACCAGUUGGAUGUCGACUUGAAAAGAUACGCCAAAGCGAUGAUGUACUUAUGUAUAACCUUUAAUACUAUCUUAAUGAGGGAUCCAAAAGAAGCUGCCGAAAUUAUGGAUAUCAUGAAAAAUGUUGCUGUAGAUAAAAUUGCUGCUGUGCUGGAAUCCCAAGAACUGGCGACCGCAACACGCAAUCGUAUUAGAAAUAAAACAAUGGGCAUUAUUGAUACUUAUAAACAAUUUGGUUUAUUGUAAAAUUGUGAUGGGUUUUGGGUGCAAAUAAAUUAUUUAUUUUGGG